AUGGCCGAAGAAUGUAAAGACAAAGAAGAGUCAAAGAAAUCUAGAGAUGGUGAAAGUAAUAUGGCCACUUUGGCCAAAGAAAAAGAAAAACAAAAAACAAAGAAAGAUCGAAUGGACCAAGAGGUCGAGAAAGAGAAAGAAAAACAAAUAACGAAGAAAGAUCAAAUGGACCAAGAGGUCGAGAAAGAAAAAGAAAAACAAAAAAUAGAAAAUGAUAGAAUGGACCAAGAGGUCGAGACUUUGAAAGCAGACAAAAAGCAAGAGUCAGAACUAAAGUUAGAUUGUAUUUUUGACGAUUCAUCAUUGGGAUUCGAAAGGGCAACCAAUGAAGAACACAAGUUAGAAUCUCAAGACCCACUCGAAGAAAUCAAUUUGGGUACUGUCGAAAAUAAGAAGGUUACUUAUAUUAGCAAACUCUUGCAAGGAAAGAUGAGGGGGGAAUUAAUUCGAGUGUUGCACGAAUAUAAAGACUACUUUGCAUGGGAUUAUGAUGAAAUCCUGGGAUUGGAUCGAGGAUUAGUAGAGAAUAGAUUACCUAUGAUUCCGGGAAAGAAACCAGUUAAGCAAAGUCCUCGAAGGUUUGCUCCUAAGAAUGGAAAACUCAAGGUAUGCAUUGAUUUUCGAGAUCUCAACACAGCUACACCCAAGGAUGAGUAUCCUAUGCCUAUUGCUGAGACUAUGAUAGAUGUUGUUGCAGGAUUUGUCAUACACCAGAAAGGGAUCGAAGUGGAUAGAAACAAGACUAAAGCUAUCAUGGAAACUAGACCUCCAUCGAACAAGAAAGAACUUCAAUCUCUCCUAGGUAAAGUAAAAUUUCUGAGAAGAUUCAUAUCGAAUUUAUCUGGCAAAACUAAAUUAUUUUCUCCUCUAUUGCGUUUGAAAAAGGAGGAAGAAUUUCGAUGGGAUGAAGAGCACCAGAAAGCGUUCGAUGAAAUCAAAGCGUAUUUGGCUCAUCCUCCAGUGCUUGCACCACCCUCUAAAGGAAAACAACUGAAGUUGUACAUUUCAGUUAGAUUUGGUGUUACAGCAGGAGAUUUUCUGGGAUUUGUCAUACACCAGAAAGGGAUCGAAGUGGAUAAAAACAAGACUAAAGUUAUCAUGGAAACUACACCUCCAUCGAACAAGAAAGAACUUCAAUCUCUCUAG